UCCUCCUCCUCCUCCUCCCCGUGGCUGGGUGUCUUUCGGCUGUAGCUCAGCCUCUCACUGCCUCACCGAACAGGGAGUAAAUAUGGCUGCUAACCGGGUUAUCGUGUACGGAGGAAAAGGUGCUCUGGGCUCAAAGUGUGUUCAGCAUUUUAAAUCUAAAGGAUGGUGGGUGGCCAGCGUCGACAUUGCUGCUAAUGAGGAGGCAAAUGAAAACGUGCUUGUAAAGUUGACUGAAUCUUUCACCGAGCAGGCAGGACAGGUGACGGCAGAUGUGGCGCAGCUGCUGGGGGAAAACAAAGUGGAUGCCAUCCUGUGUGUGGCAGGCGGCUGGGCUGGAGGGAACUGCAGUUCCAAAGAUUUUUUCAAGAACUCUGAUUUGAUGUGGAAGCAAAGCGUGUGGACGUCCACCAUCUCCAGCCACCUCGCUGCUCGCCAUCUGAAAUCUGGGGGGCUGCUUACUUUGGCAGGAGCCAAAGCAGCUCAGUCAGGCACUGGAGGUAUGGUGGGUUAUGGUAUGGCCAAAGCAGCCAUCCACCAACUGUGUCAGAGUCUGGCAUCAAAGAACAGCGGCAUGCCGGCAGGAGCGGCAGCGGUCGCUAUACUACCCGUUACCUUGGAUACACCGAUGAACAGGAAGUUCAUGCCUGAUGCAGACUACAGCUCAUGGACGCCCCUGGAAUACGUAGCAGAAAUGUUCUUUGGCUGGGCCACAGGGGAGAACCGACCCACUUCAGGGAGCUUGAUGCAGCUUCUGACCUCUGGAGGAGAAACUCAGGCUGUGGCGGCUCAGUAGAGGAAAGGACAGCACAGUGGAGUGAUGGUGGUUAGGGUUGGUAGUGCGAGGAGUGUGGAAAUGAGGAUGGGCUGAUGCUGAAACGAGAAGAAGGAACACAAACACUGCAGACGAAGGAGCAAGAGAUGGGAACAAAGGCAUAAGAAGGAAGAGGAGAAAAAGUGAUAAACUAAAGGAAAAUGAAGGGAGGGAGGAAGACUUUCUUUGCAAAGUAAUGUCACAUCGCCAUCUACUGGUAGAACCUUAGACUUGUUCCUCUGUAACAGGCAAUCUAACUGUAUUAAAUCUGAAGUAAUGGAAAUGCGCUGUUGACCAAUGAACCAUCAAGACUUAAUCAGAGUGUUCAAUUUCAUUUAGGAAAGCAGUGAUGUGAAAUUGUCCCAAAUUAGAAACCUUGCAGCAUACGCAGUCAUGUACUAGAGGCUAAUUUGGAGAGGCUGGAGUGAAAUGAGGAUAUUUGGGAAGUAUUACUGUCUUCAUUUUAACUUUAAAUGAUGUCAUCAAAGCUGCUGAAAAUUCAGGAUAAUUUCGCUAUGAAUGUGUUCCUAUUGUGUGUUGGCAGAUUUAUGCCUUCUGUACCUGUGGUUUCAGUGUCGCGUAAUGUUUGAGGACCUUUUAGUCUGUAUUGUUCAGUCUACCAUUGCAGAAACACAAUCAAACACCAUCUCCUUCUGAACUAUCAAUACCAAUAAAUGUGGAGUGGCCUUAUUUUCUUGGUAGCUUUUAAGACAAAAAGUGUAUCUGAAGUGAUUGGUGUAAAAAGGUGUUCUGAUCCCGUUGUGAGUGUUGUGUGGUAAAUGAAAAUUCACAAUAAAGGAGUUAAAAA